AACAACCUUUAAACUUCCCCACUAUCCCACCUUCAUUAAUGCUACUUCAUGUCCCGUGCAUCUCGCUACCACACACUUCCAAAUUUUUCACACACUGCCACUACUGCCGUAGCACAGUAUCAGUAAUUUUUCAUCUUCUCAUUCACUACAGGAAAAAGAAAUAAGCAAAACCCUUCAAAAGGAAGUUGCUUUUUUCUCCAUUGAUGCCAAAGAUCUGAGCUUUAGCUCGAUGUCUCAACGCCGACACUAGGAUCAAGUGAAAAAACCAAUCCUUUUCUUGCAAAGUCAAGUUCAAAUUCAAGAAUUAUGCAUGGGCUUAGCCGCCUGAGCAACGGGGUGAGCUCUUUAUCUCCACCGUCGUCCCCUCGGCACCGUGGCAGCCGCGGCAAGACCACCAGCUCCCCCACCACCGGUGGAUGCGGUGGUGGCGCGGGGAGUUUCCGUGUUGUUGGUGGUGGUGGUGGGAGGGCGGAGUUCAAGAAUGUGGUGGAAAGAUUUGGAUAUUUCUUGAUUUCAGCAAUGUAUAGGAGAAGAGGGGUGCUUUUGUUUGCUCCCUUGUUGUACAUCUCUGGGAUGCUUAUGUAUAUGGGCAUAUUCGGGUUUGAUGCUGUGAAUAAUAUUAGUAAUGGAGCUCGUGAUGUGGUCGGGCCGGGUUCCGUGUACCGGAGUCCUCAGGUUUUCGAGAAGCUAUGGCCUUUCAUGGAGGCUGAAAAUCGAAGCUCUAAUACGUUAAUGAAUGUUUGGAAUCCAAAGUUGCGUCAAGGUUGGAAGCCUUGUAUCAAACAGACUGUUAUCCAAUCAGGAUUGUCAGAGUUUCCAAAGUCAAACGGUUUCCUAAUAAUUGAAGCAAAUGGUGGGUUGAACCAACAACGAUUAUCGAUAUGUGAUGCAGUGGCGGUGGCAGGUUUGCUGAAUGCUACCCUUGUUAUUCCCAUAUUUCACUUAAAUAGUGUUUGGCAAGAUUCCAGCAAGUUUGGGGAUAUUUUUGAUGAAGAGUUCUUCAUUUAUGCGCUCAGAAAUCAUGUCAAUGUGAUUAGAGAACUUCCUGGGGAUAUACUCCACCAAUUCGAUAACAAUAUAAGCAACAUAGUGAAUUUGAGAGUAAAAGCAUGGUCGAGCCCAAACUACUAUCUCGAAAAGGUUCUGCCGAAGCUGGUGGAGUUGAAGGCUGUCCGUAUUGCGCCUUUCUCUAACAGAUUGGCUCAUGCAGUGCCUCCAUAUAUCCAAGGGCUUCGGUGCCUGUGCAAUUUUGAAGCGCUUAGAUUUUCAGAACCCAUACGAAUGCUAGCUGCUAAGAUGGUUGAUCGAAUGGUUAAGAAUAGUUCUAAAAGUGGGGGCAAAUAUGUGUCCGUACAUCUCCGUUUCGAAGAGGAUAUGGUUGCAUUUUCGUGCUGCGUAUUCGAUGGCGGUGAAGAAGAAAAGCGUGAGAUGGAUAUUGUUCGUGAAAGAAGUUGGAGAGGAAAAUUUCGGAGAAGAGGUAGAGUAAUAAGACCGGGUGCGAAUCGUGUGGACGGGAAGUGCCCUUUAACACCAUUGGAGGUCGGAAUGAUGCUUAGGGGCAUGGGAUUCGAUAACACAACCUCUCUUUACGUUGCUGCCGGAAAAAUUUACAAAGUGGAAAAGCAUAUGGCUCCUCUAAAACAGAUGUUUCCAGGUCUAGAAACAAAGGACUCACUGGCUUCCCCAGAAGAACUUGCUCCGUUUAUGGGUCAUUCAUCGAGGUUGGCGGCUCUCGACUACACAGUUUGCCUCCAUAGCGAAGUUUUUGUUACUACUCAAGGUGGUAAUUUUCCCCAUUUCUUGGUGGGGCAUCGACGCUACUUUUACGAAGGACACGCCAAAACAAUAAGACCUGAUAAGAGAAAGUUAGCUCAGUUAUUCGAUAAACCAAGUAUAAGAUGGCAAGACUUUAAACGGCAAUUACAGGACAUGCUUCGUCAUAAUGACGUGAAGGGGAGUGAGCUGAGAAAGCCGAGCAACUCCCUCUACAUGUACCCCAUGCCGGAUUGCAUGUGUAGAAAAUCAGAUGCCCGAAUCGAGUACAGUAACACCACGAAAACUACCUAAUUUAAGCACAGAAAUAGGUUUAUAAAGGUCUUGACAAGCUCAUGAUAGUGUUAUAACAUCCAUAUAGCAUUCAGUGAUUAACUAAUAUAGCUGUAACAUUCAUACAACAUUUGACUAUAUAGUUGUAGUAGAUCAAUUCUUUCCCCCUUACAGGAUUUCUUGGUCUGCAUCGUUGUUGUACGAUCGACAGCUUUGUAAUAGUCACUAUAUACGGUUGUUCUGUGUGUCAAUGGAAAUCAUUCUUUUGUUGA